CCCACUCUUCCUAUCCACUCUGGUCUCUCUUCCCUCCGCCGGCCAGCCUGCCUCACCACCACCACCACCACCACCAACCACCACAAAAAGAACUAAAAACUUAUUUCAUCCGGCACAAAAAAGCACAAGAAGGAAACAAUGGCAGCCAGUUACAGGACCACCUCGUACAGCGUGAAGAGCUCCAACGCCCCCAGGAACUUCAGCAGCAACUCCUACUCCGGAUCCGGAGGCAUCACCGCCCGCAAGAGCUACAGCGUGAGGAGUUCCUAUGGCGGCAGCGGCGGCGGCAGGGGCUUCGGCAUGGGCGGCGGCAUCUCCAGCUCCAAUGCCUACGGCCUGGGCUCCAGCAUGGGGGGCAGCAUGGGUAUGGGCAUGGGUAUGGGUAUGGGCAUGGGCCAGGCCCCCAUCACCGCCGUGACCGUCAACAAGAGCCUGCUGGCGCCCCUCAACCUGUCCAUCGACCCCGCCAUCCAGGCGGUCCGCACACAGGAGAAGGAGCAGAUCAAGACCCUCAACAACCGCUUUGCCUCGUUCAUCGACAAGGUGCGCUUCUUGGAGCAGCAGAACAAAAUGCUGGAGACCAAGUGGAACCUUCUGCAGGGUCAGACCACCACCCGCUCCAACAUCGACGCCAUGUUUGAGGCCUACAUCACCAACCUGCGCAGACAGUUGGACAGUUUGGGCAACGACAAGAUGAAGCUGGAGGCCGACCUGCACAACAUGCAGGGCCUGGUGGAGGACUUCAAGAACAAGUAUGAAGAUGAGAUCAACAAGCGUACAGAGUGUGAGAACGACUUCGUCCUCAUCAAGAAGGAUGUCGACGAGGCCUACAUGAAUAAGGUCGAGCUGGAGGCCAAGCUGGAGAGUCUGACAGACGAGAUCAACUUCCUCCGGUCCAUCUAUGAAGAGGAGCUGCAUGAGCUCCAGAGCCAGAUCAAGGACACUUCCGUCAUCGUGGAGAUGGACAACAGCCGCAACUUGGACAUGGACUCCAUCGUUGCAGAAGUCAAAGCUCAGUACGAGGACAUCGCCAACCGCACUCGGGCUGAGGCAGAGACAUGGUACAAGUCCAAGUAUGAGGAGAUGCAGACGUCCGCCAGCAGAUACGGAGACGACCUGAGGGCCACCAGGACGGAGAUCGCAGACCUGAACCGCAUGAUCCAAAGACUGACAUCUGAGAUCGAUGCAGUCAAGGGACAGCGCGUCAACCUGGAGAACCAGAUCGCCGAGGCCGAGGAGCGCGGCGAGCUGGCCGUGAAGGACGCCAAGUCCCGCAUCAGGGACCUGGAGGACGCCCUGCAGAGAGCCAAGCAGGACAUGGCCCGCCAGAUCCGCGAGUACCAGGACCUGAUGAACGUCAAGCUGGCUCUGGACAUCGAGAUCGCCACCUACAGGAAGCUGCUGGAGGGCGAGGAGGACAGACUGGCCAACGGCAUCAAGUCCAUCAACAUCUCCAAACAAAGCACGAGCUACGCCCCCAUGGACAUGAAGAGCAGCUACUCCGGCAGCUACUCCAGCUACGGCAGCGGCGGCGGCUACGGCAGCGGCAGCGGCUACGGCAGCGGCUACGGCAGCGGCGGCGGCGGCUACAGCAGCGGCAACACCAGCGGCUUCAGCGGCGGCAGCGGCUACAGCACCACCACCCAGACAAAGAAGAACGUGGUCAUCAAGAUGAUCGAGACCAAGGACGGCCGGGUGGUGUCCGAGUCCUCCGAAGUCAUCGAGGAUUGAGCGGUUUUCUAGGAGCUCCCUUUUAUCUUUGCCCUCCUUUUGGUAGUUUUUACACUCACACGUCAAGCUCGCCCACGCACCAACUUAACGUCUUUUUUUGUCAUUAACCUGUCCGAAGCUUACCAAGUCCCGUAACAAACAGUAGAAUACCAUUUAUGACCUGAAAGGGACCAAAGAAUCUAUUGUGUUAUGUCUGAUAGUUGUCUCUGGAAAGUGACGUUAAAAGUGAAGGAUAAUCCAAAAUUUGAACGCAGAGCUACUCCACCCACGAAAGGACUGCUGCCCUCCUCCUACUUGUGGUGAACAGUGGUAUUGUCGAAGGAACGUGAACGUACUGAAGUGUCCACCGUCUAACUAAUGUGUAUGAAACUCCCGCUACAGUAGGUAGUGCAUGUCUACCCCCCACCCUCCCCUAUGCCCGUGCGUGUCCUGUAACCGGAGAGCGCCCACGUGACCGUAGUGUUGUCCUGAGGUGCUGUUUUUGCUACCACACCAAAUAAAAAUGUGUCUGGAAAAACA